AUGAGCGGGGCUGCGUUCCCCUCGCCGGCUGCCGAGAUGGCAGAGAUCAAUCGCCUUCAGUACGAAAUGGAAUACACCGAAGGAAUCAGUCAGCGCAUGAGGGUCCCAGAAAAACUCAAAGUAGCUCCUCAAAAUGCUGACCUUGAGAAGGGCGUCCAAGAAGGAUUUCCAAAUGCCAGCGUAACCAUGCAGGUUCCAGAGCGGAUUGUAGUGGCAGGUAAUAGUGAAGACAUUCCAUUCUCCAGACCACCAGACCUUGACCUCCUUCAGUCUACUCCAUUCAAACCGCUGGCAUUGAAAACUCCUCCCCGUGUUAUUUCUCUUAGUGAUCAACCACUAGAUUUUUUGGACCUAGAGAAACCUCCACAGCAGACACCUCAAAAUGAAGAGGUCCGCUCGGUGGGAAGACUGAAGAGAGAACGUUCCAUGAGCGAAAACGCCACUCGACAGAAUGGCCAGUUGGCCCGAAAUGAUUCCAUGUGGCACAGAUCAGAUACUGUCCCAAGAAAUAAAAUGCCACGGUUCCAGUCACCUCUUUCGACUAAGGAAUGCACCGUGACACCGUCACUGCAACAGGCUCGUGUCUGUCCUCCCAGUAUGUUACCUGAAGAUGGAACUAAUCUUUACUCUGCUCGUGGCAUUUUGUCGUUCAUCCAGUCUUCCACUCGUAGGGCUUACCAGCAGGUCUUGGAUGUGCUGGAUGAAAACCGCAGGUGAUUG